AUGGAGAUGUGGAGCGUUCCCCGCGGCGGGAGCAGCGCGGCUCCCGGCUCGGGGCUGCACCAGCAUCCCGGGCUGCUGCCCUGGGGAAGGGCUGUGGGCCAGGUCGUGGUGCUCACCUGGUUUGUCUCUCUGGGUCUUGCAGCCCCCCCCACGGUGCGGAUCGUGCACUCGGGCCUGGCGUGCAACAUCAUCCGGUUCCGCUACUCCGAGAGGGUCUACACCAUCCGCGAGGGCGAGACGCUGGAGCUGACCUGCCUGGUCACCGGCCACCCCCGGCCACAGAUCAGGUGGACCAAAACAGCAGGAAGUGCCUCUGACAGAUUUCAAGACUCGAGUGUCUUCAAUGAAACCCUGAGGAUAUCCAACAUCCAGAGACACCAAGGAGGACGCUACUACUGCAAGGCUGAGAACGGCUUGGGGUCACCAGCCAUAAAGUCCAUCAGAGUGGACGUGUACUAUUUGGAUGAUCCAAUAGUAACAGUCCACCAGAGCAUCGGGGAAGCAAAAGAGCAGUUUUACUAUGAGAGAACAGUGUUUCUCAGGUGUGUUGCCAACUCCAACCCGCCCGUCCGGUACAGCUGGCGACGCGGCCAAGAGGUGUUGCUGCAAGGCUCUGAUAAAGGAGUGGAGAUUUAUGAGCCCUUCUUUACCCAGGGAGAAACAAAGAUCCUGAAGCUGAAGAACCUCCGACCUCAGGAUUACGCCAACUACAGCUGCAUCGCCUCGGUGAGGAAUGUCUGCAGCAUCCCUGACAAGAUGGUGUCCUUCCGCCUCUCCAAUAAAACAGCAUCCCCUUCAAUUAAACUUCUCGUGGAUGACCCGAUAGUGGUGAACCCCGGAGAAGCAGUCACCUUGGUCUGCGUGACGACAGGAGGGGAGCCCACCCCCAGCCUGACCUGGGUGAGGUCUGCUGGCACCCUGCCUGAGAAGACAGUCCUGAAUGGUGGCACCUUAACAGUCCCGGCCAUCGCGGCCGAAGACGCCGGCACCUACAGCUGCAUCGCCAAUAACAACGUGGGGAACCCUGCCAAGAAGUCCACCAACAUCAUCGUAAGAGCCUUAAAAAAAGGCCGUUUUUGGAUCACUCCUGACCCCUACCAUAAAGAUGACAACAUCCAGAUUGGACGAGAAGUGAAGAUCUCCUGCCAGGUGGAAGCCAUCCCUUCAGAAGAGCUCACCUUCAGCUGGUUUAAAAACGGGCGGCCCUUGCGGAGCUCGGAGAGGAUGGUGAUCACCCAGACUGACCCUGAUGUCUCCCCUGGCACCACAAAUCUGGACAUCAUUGACUUGAAAUUCACUGACUUUGGGACAUACACGUGUGUUGCGUCUCUGAAAGGAGGUGGAAUAUCAGAUAUCAGCAUUGAUGUCAACAUCUCCAGCAGCACAGUCCCGCCCAAUUUGACUGUCCCUCAAGAAAAGUCACCCCUGGUGACCCGGGAAGGGGACACGAUCGAGCUGCAGUGCCAGGUGACAGGGAAGCCCAAGCCCAUCAUUCUGUGGUCCCGAGCAGACAAGGAGGUGGCGAUGCCGGACGGGGCGAUGCAGACGGAGAGCUACGAUGGGAUCCUGAGGAUUGUGAACGUGUCCAGGGAGAUGACAGGAACCUACAGGUGCCAGACCAGCCAGUACAACGGGUUCAAUGUCAAACCCAGAGAGGCUUUGGUACAGCUCAUUGUACAGUACCCCCCGGCCGUGGAACCCACCUUCCUGGAGAUCCGGCAGGGCCAGGGCCGGAGCAUCACCAUGAGCUGCCGGGUGCUGCGGGCGUACCCCACGCGCGUGCUGAGCUACGAGUGGCGGCUGGGCGGGCGGCUCGGCCUCUACAACUGCAACAUCAUCAACGAGGCGGGCGCCGGGCGCUGCAGCUUCCUGGUGACAGGCAAAGCCUACGCUCCCGAGUUCUACUACGACACCUACAACCCCCUGUGGCAGAACAGACCCCGUGUCUACUCCUACAGCCUCCAGUGGACCCAGAUGAACCCCAACGCUGUGGAUCGCAUCCUCGCCUAUCGCUUAGGGAUCAGGCAGGCUGGACAACAGCGCUGGUGGGAGCAGGAAAUUACAGUGAAUGGAAAUAUUCAAAGGGGAGAAUUAAUUACCUACAACCUGACUGAGCUGAUCAAGCCAGAAGCCUAUGAAGUCCGACUGACACCCAUCACCAGAUUUGGGGAGGGGGACUCAACUAUCCGGGUCAUCAAGUACAGUGCUCCAGUAAAUCCACAUCUACGAGAGUUCCACUGUGGGUUUGAGGAUGGUAACAUUUGCCUUUUCACUCAAGAUGACACAGACAAUUUUGACUGGACAAAACAAAGCACUGCCACCAGAGACACAAAAUACACCCCCAACACGGGGCCCAACGCGGAUCGGACGGGCUCCAAGGAAGGUUUCUACAUGUACAUCGAGACCUCCCGGCCCAGGCUGGAAGGAGAGAAGGCCCGACUUGUUAGUCCCGUCUUCAGCGUCGCUCCGAAAAACCCUUACGGAGCUACAAACACAGCCUAUUGCUUUAGCUUCUACUAUCACAUGUAUGGACAGCACAUAGGAAGCCUGAACGUUUACCUGCGGUUGAAAGGCCAGACGGCGAUAGAGAACCCCCUGUGGUCCUCAAGUGGAAAUAAAGGGCAGCACUGGAACCAGGCCCGGGUUAAUAUCAACCCCCCAACUUCAUUUCAGCUCAUAUUUGAAGGGAUCCGGGGGCCUGGCAUUGAAGGUGAUAUUGCUAUUGAUGAUGUGUCAAUUGUGGAAGGAGAGUGUAUGAAAUCAGACCAACCGGCCAACAAUUUACGAUCAGGUGCUGUUGGGACAUUAGCACAUAUACGACUUAUCCCAGUUAUCAUCCUCAUGUCUGUCUUAAGUCAUCAGAGGUGACCUUAUCCUGGCAGAGGCUACAAAAGAUUCACCAGGCACUGGCAUGAAGAAAGAGUCUUUGUAAAAUGGACAUUUAAAAACAAACUACCAAAGAUUCCUCCACUGACUGACUCAAAAGUUAAAUAAAUACAUAAAUAAAUUUAAUAAUAAUUAAAAAGCACUGGGGACAAACAAGGCAUCACGGGAGUGUAACUCACUAUGAACCACGUGUGAGAACAAGAUCUGGCCUAAGUAAGGAAGAGACCUUCAGGUGCUUUUGUGGUCAAUAAUGAAUACAGCAUCAUCUGGUUGAACUCUCGGCAAAGAGCUAUAGAAACCCUUGUCAAAGCACAAAGUCAUGGCUGGUUUUGUUUCAAAUGAAUAGUUUGCUUGUUACCAUGGAAACCUAAUGGCCUGCCAAAAAGAAAAAAAAAAAAAGAAAGAGAGAGAGGAAAUAAAAACAGAGAGCAAGAGAUAAACACCUCACUGUAAACAGGGUAUGUGAAGAGCUGGCAUUCAUUUUCCCUUCGAGAAGGUUUUUAGCGUAGAGUUGAAUAAUUGUAGGCCCUUUCUACUUUGGCUGUCACCUCCCCUAGAGAAUAACCCCGAGUCGGAGCUGUUUUAAGACGUUUCUGUUUCAUUUCUCAUGGCUAUGCUAGAUAACUGUAUGCUGUCUCCUUUUGCAUGCAUUACUAUCCAGGAUGUGCCACCUGGGCUUACAUAUGACACAGGCUUAUCGGAG